AAGAACCCUAAGUAACGUCUCUUCUCCAUUCUCCUCAAAAGAGAAAAUGGCAUCUUCAACCUAUUUAUCCAUUUUGCUCACCAUUUCAAUGAUCUUUAUUUCCCAUGCCAAUUCACCAACACCAAGCCUCAAGUUGUACCAAAAUGUAUGCAAACAACCUGGUCAGAAAGACUUCGAACAACGCUGUCUCAAACUAAUAGAAGGUUACCCUCCAAUUACUUUGAUCAAAGAUUAUCUUACCUUUUGCAGGUCAUUUUUAAAGAUUGCGGCAAUAGGGAAGGCAAUAAAAUCCCAACAACAAGUUAAAGAAAUUAUGAAAAAAUAUCCUUCUUCUCAACCCAUCAAAGAAUGUGCUAAUGAUUAUAAUAGUGUGGUUGGUCAAUUAAAAGUUGCAUUGAUUGAAGAACCGGACCUUAUAGACUUGGAUAUCAGAUAUGCUAGUGAUGCACUUGGAAGGUGUGAAGAUAGCUUAGCUCGUGAAAAGAAUGUUAAUACGUCUGCCAUUGCUACAUUGAAUCAUGAGAUGCAGUUAUAUAAUGAUAUUGUAUUGAUAGCCGCAGGCCAUCUAUAAAUAAAUUAAUUUA